AUGAUUGUGGCGGCUCGCUUUGCGCCUUGUUUCAUGGCUCGCCGCGUGGCGGUGAACUCUGUGCGGUCUAUCACGACGAAGACGGCGACCCGCCCAUCUGCGGCGUUGGCUGCCCCGCGAUCUCCUAUUGCACAGCAGACUCGCUUGGUGCGCCACACACGAUUUAACCGUCCAUCUGCCAGUGCACGAAACAAUGGAGCAUACACUGAAACGCCUUCACAUGGAGCCACUUCCUCUGGCUCUGCGUUUGACAACAUGUUUGGCUCGAGUCCGUUUGCACAACAAGGCGGUUGGUCGCGUGCAUUGAUUAGUGUGGGCAUUGUCGCUGGAACGGCGAUUGGAUUGAAUAUGAUAUUCAACCGUGAGACUCGCUCGCCACUGGGACUCGCUGAGUCAAACUAUUUGAACUCGACAUUUACCUACCUGGGAACGGGUCUCACAAUCACUGGUCUCACAGCUUACGGACUUCAUCGCUAUGGCUACUCGGCAAGAAUCAUGAUGGCCAAUCCAUGGCUUGUGCUUGGUGUUGGCCUUGUUGCUUCUAUCGGCGGUAUGAUGGGAGCACAGGCACUUCCACCGAACCACCCGGCGAAGAUCCCUUGUUGGCUUUUGUUUAAUGCGAGCCAGGCAGCAGUUCUGUCUCCUCUUCUCUUUCUGAACCCUGCUAUCCUCACGCGCGCAGGCCUCUACACGGCAGGUUUGAUGGGCAGUCUUUGCUAUAUCGGUGCAACGGCAAAGGAGAACAAAUAUAUGUUCCUGGGUGGCCCACUCCUGGCCGGUGUAACGAUUGUUGCACUGUCCUCACUUGCCCCUCUGAUCAUCCCUAUCCGAUUCGCGCGCACGCUUGCUCUCACUGAAGCUGUGUGUCUGUAUGGUGGCCUUGCUGUUUUUGGCGGUUUUGUGCUUUGGGACACACAAAAGAUCUUGCAUCACGCCAGACUCGCGCAGGCUGGCUUUAUUCCUGCUGAUCCACUCCGUGAGAGCAUCAGUCUAGAACUCGACUUUAUCAACAUUUUCACGCGCAUUGUACAAAUCCUCGCUAUGCGUGAUCAGCGCCGUCGUUAA